UUAGGAACUUAGGAUUUGCAGUGGCUAUCUUUCUCUAUCAUCAUCAUCAUCAUCAUCUUUUUAUUCUUUCUUUUCUUCUUCUUCUUCUCUCUCUCUCACACGUACAGACCCCAUAUAUUGUGUUCGUUUCCAUGAUCAAACUUGAAAGAGUAAGGAAGGAGGAAAACAACAACCAUAAAUUCUCUUAUAUUAGGUCUUCAAGACUUUCAAAGAUCGCUUUAGCAUCUUCACCCCCUUAGGAUCGUGAUUUGUACCCAUUGAGAGAAUGGGUAGUCGAGGCCAAAAACGAACUGAAUCAGUUGAUGAUUUACCUGCUGAUAAACGAGCAUGCAGUUCAUUGGAGUUCAAGCCAAGUUCAUCAAAUUCACUGGUUCAAAAUCCUAUAUCCCUGUUACACACCGCUAAUUCGACCUCUGAAGCUCGAGAAGGGGACAUGGAUACCUCAUCUUGCUCUGCCUCUAGCCGGUCAGAGAGUGAUGAUGGUGACAAGGAUUCUGCUUAUGGUUCUUGUGAUUCAGAUGGGGAACGCAGGAGUAAUAACAUUAUGAGAGAAUAUCAGAGGGGACGAGCUAGUGUUGAUCAUGGGAAGUUCAAAAGGGUUUUAUCAAGUUUGAGUCAAAGGGGUGACCAAUCUGGAACAUUGGCUGCUCUAACUGAACUGUGUGAAUUAUUAGCCUUCUGCCCUGAAGGGUCUUUAUCAAACUUGGUGGUAGACUCAUUCUCUCCAAUACUAAUCAACUUGGCGAAGAACGAGAUUAAUCCUGAUACCAUACUUCUAUCUUUGAGGGCUAUUACUUACUUGUGUGAUGUGCAUUCUCGAUCCCCAAUUUUUCUUGUUGGACAUGGUGCAGUUCCGACCCUUUGUCAAAGACUAAGGGCUAUUGAGUAUCUUGACGUAGCUGAACAAUGCUUGCAAGCCUUAGAAAAGAUCUCGCGUGAACAACCAUAUGCCUGUUUACUAGAAGGAGCAAUCAUGGCUGUUUUAACUUACAUUGAUUUUUUCUCAACAAGUGUGCAGAAAGUUGCACUUUCAACUGUGGUUAACAUAUGUAAGAAGCUUCCUGCUGAAGGCCAUCCCCUUGUCAUGGAGGCAGUUCCAGCGCUAUGUAAUCUUCUUCAAUAUGAGGAUCGCCAGCUUGUAGAGGAUGCCAUCACAUGCUUGAUAAAAAUAACAGAAAAGGCACAAAAUUCUGUUGACGUGCUCAAUGAACUCUGUGAUCAUGGGGUGAUUGCUCAAGCCACACAUCUUAUAGGCUUGAAAUGCAGAACCACCUUAUCUACUCCAAUUUACUCUGGGCUAAUUGGACUUUUUGUGAAACUUGCUUCUGGUUCAACUAGAGCUGUUCAGACGCUUUUUGAGCUCGACAUCAGCGGCAUGGUUAAGGACAUAUUUUCUACAUAUGAUCUUUCACAUGCAAUAGCUCCCUCUCAAGUCAAAGAUGGAUAUUGUGGUCAGGUUCAUGAAGUUCUAAGGUUGCUUCAUGUACUUCUCCCUGCCUUAGGGAGGAAUCAAAAUGUUCAAAUAAAUUUGGACAAGCAAGCAUUUUUUAGCGAGCGACCUGAUCUUUUCCAAAAGUUUGGUAAAGAUCUUUUGCCUGUCCUAAUCCAGGUGGUUAAUUCUGGUGCCAAUUUAUCUGUUUGUUGUGGCAGUCUACAUGUUAUCAACAAAUUUGUUUAUUUCAGCAAACCUGAAAUGCUGCUUGAAUUGUCAAGGGACACUAACAUUUCAAGUUUCUUAGCUGGAGUGUUGUCUCGGAAGGAUCAACAUGUUUUAAUCGUAGCCUUGCAAGUAGUUGAUAUUCUUCUACAAAAAAAACCAGACAUAUUCUUGAGCCCCUUUGUGAAGGAAGGCAUCACUUUUGCAAUUGAUGCACUUCUAACUCCAGAAAAACGUUCCAAGUCUUCAUUGCGAAGGUGUAGUUCCAGUCAGCUGCCAAAUGAUUCAAGUCAAAAAAUUGCUACCAGAAACGCUCUUGGUUGCAUGUGUUAUGCUUUUCAUCCUCCUCCAGCUUCAGAAAGUGGGACAUGUGAGAUUGAUGAGACUUCAAUUCCCAAUCUAGCCGAGCAUAUUAUGAAAAAAUAUUUUGCUGCGUUAUUGAACCAUGAUAAGGGAACUGAUAUAUUGCAUGACCUGAGAUCUCUAGCUUCUUCACUAAAUGAUAUGAACAUCUUGUCUAUGGAUAAAGACACACCUUAUUCUCAGCAUGAACAUAUGAUCCACAUGAUAUUAUGUCAGAUUAUGGGCAAAGUUAGUGGAAGAGAACCGAUUUCUACCUUUGAGUUCAUUGAGAGUGGAAUAGUGAACUCAUUAGUAAAUUACUUGUCCCAUGUAGAAGUUAGAGACAGAUGUAGUCAAAUCAAUUACAUGGAGAGGCGAUUCGAGGCAUUUGGGAGCCUCUUCUUACCUUCCGAGGAGAAAGAGGAGUUCCCUCUGUCUGUUCUGGUGGAGAAAUUGCAGACUGCAUUAUCUUCAGUGGAAAGCUUUCCUAUUUUUCUGAAUCAUGGUAUGAAAUUGAGGAACUCAUAUGCAAAUAUCCCCUAUGGACGCUGCACAUCAUAUCCUUGCCUCAAAGUUCAGUUCAUUAAAGGAGAGGGGGAAACGGGCUUAUCUGAUUACUCUGAAAGUGUCCAUGCUGUUGACCCUUUUGUUAGUCUGGCUGCUAUUGAACUGUACUUAUGGCCAAGAGUUAGACUGCACAUAAAUAGAGAGGUGAAAGACAAAGAUGAAAGGGGAUGUACACUUUCACAAUAUUUGCAAGACAUGCACUCAGAAGGAAAUGAUGUAUAUGAUUUGCACUUAAACACCGUGCUUUCUAAUUUACAGAGAUUUCAGGAGGAUAAUACCACCCUAUCCUGCAAAUUCAUCUCAAGGAAUAACCCUGGUGUGAUAAAAGGGUGCAGUGAGACGUCAAAUAAUAGCGUGGGCAAUAAACAAUCUAACCCUUCAACAUCUUCUGAAGGGCACACUAACUCGAAUACUGGAUGUUUUAGCAAUGAGCACACCACACCAAAGUUGUUAUAUUACCUGGAAGGAGAAGAGCUGGACCGAAAAUUGACAUUGUAUCAAGCAAUACUACGACAAAAAGUCAAAGAAGAACAUGAAAUUGGCGGCUCUGCAAAACUGUGGAAUCAAGUAUACAAAAUUACCUAUAAAAGAGAAUGUAGGCAAGGUAGCAGCAAUGGUCAUUAUCAAAUAGUUGUGGAUAAGUUGAAGAAUAAAGAUAGGAUGUGUUGGCAGCAAGCUUCAUUCUUUUCUUCUGUCUUAUCACGUCUUGUUUCCGACUUGGAGAAUCCACAUGUUCACGAUAUAUUAGUUGUCCUCAAAACUUUGGAAGGCAUAAAUAGGUCCCAGUUUCAGAUUUUGUCACAGAAAAAUAUUCAUGCCUAUGCCCAAGGGAGAAUUGACAACUUGGAUAAUUUGAGGGCUGUUGUCUCUGCUAUCCCUCAGAAUGAAUUUGUGAAUACUAAACUAACAGAGAAACUAGAACAGCAUAUGAGGGACCCUAUAGCUAUAUCUGUUGGUAGCUUGCCAUCUUGGUGUGUCCAGUUAAUGGGAUCAUGCCCUUUUUUAUUUGGUUCUGAUGCAAGAUGCAAGUACUUUAGACUGGCAGCUUUUGGUCAGUUGCUAAGUCAGCCACAAUCGUCCUCGUCUCAUUUUGAUUCAAGAGGUUUAAUUGCAAGGGGCCAGAAUUCUGGUGUUGUGCCUAGAAAGAAGUUUCUGGUGUGCAGAAACUUCAUUCUCGAAUCCGCCACUAAGAUGAUGGAUCUUCAUGCUCGCCAAAAGGUUGUCCUGGAAGUGGAAUAUGAUGAAGAAGUAGGAACUGGUCUAGGUCCCACUUUGGAAUUCUACACUCUGGUCAGUCAUGAGUUUCAGAAAUGGGGUCUGGGCAUCUGGAGAGAUGACUAUAUCACAAAGUUGGAAGAAGGAGAUUCUAGAAUUCUCAUUUCUUCAUGUGGCCUUUUCCCUCGUCCAUGGUCUUCUAGAACAAAUUCAAUCAAUGGCGUAGAAUUUUCAGGUGUGCUCAAGAAGUUUACCCUUUUGGGACAGGUUGUUGCCAAGGCACUUCAUGAUGGGAGGGUUUUGGAUAUCCCAUUCUCAAAAGCCUUCUAUAAGCUUAUCCUUGGUCAGGAGCUAACUAUUUAUGACAUUCACCUUUUUGAUCCUGAGCUUGGUAGAACUCUACUAGAGUUUCAGUCUAUCGUUGAAAGACAGAAAUAUCUGAAGUCCAUCACUGGGGAAGACUCGGUAGUCGGAGUGGUCUUAUGCUUUCGGGACACAAGUAUUGUGGAUCUUUGUUUGGAUUUUACCCUUCCUGGAUAUCCUGAACACUAUCUUUCUUCUGCAUCGGAUCCUCAACUGGUAAAUGAGUCAAACUUGGAGGAGUAUGUUAAUCUAAUUGUGGACGCAACAAUUGGUGAUGGAAUUUCUAAACAAAUAGAAGCUUUCAAAACUGGGUUUAACCAGGUCUUCCAUAUGAGUCAUCUCCAGGUCCUAUCAGAAGAAGAACUAGAGCAUCUAUUAUGUGGAGAACGUGGACAAUGGACUGAAAAUGAGCUACUGGAUCAUAUGAAGUUUGACCAUGGGUAUACAGCAAGUAGCCCUCCCAUUAUCAAUCUACUAGAAGUCAUACAGGAAUUUGAUCACGAAGAGAGAAGAGCUUUUCUGCAGUUUGUAACAGGAGCACCUCGGCUACCUCCUGGCGGGUUGGCAUCUCUCAAUCCGAAGCUAACAAUAGUUUGCAAGAAUUCUGGUGGAUGCACUGAUUCUGAUCUUCCCAGUGUGAUGACUUGUGCCAAUUACUUGAAGUUGCCUCCCUACUCUUCAAAAGAAACAUUGAGGGUGAAGCUUUUAUAUGCAAUAACUGAAGGUCAAGGAUCGUUCCACCUCUCUUAGACGGGGAUGUGGUUCCUUCAGAAACAAGAAUCGAUGCAGUGUGUAAAUUAUACCUUGUGAAUAUUUAGGUAUAAUAAUAUCUCUAGUUUUUGAGGCCUUUGACUUUGGAUAGGAAAAAAGAAAACCUGGCAUUGAAAAUGGAUUAAAAACCUUCUUACCUUACAUUUACAGUUACUUUUUACAAACUUAUCAACAAAGUUAGACCUUUUAAAUGUUAGUUUUGUCCC